AUGGUGAAUUUCACGAUUUUUAGACUUUCUAUAUCGAGAUCGUACAAUGAAAGUCCAAUUAUAUCAUUGCCGAAUAAGUUGGACUUCUCUCAUUUCAAGAUUUCGAGGUCGCAGUUCUCAAGAAACUUUGGAAAUGCGAUAUUUGGUUAUUCACCACAAAUAUCAGUUUCAGAGACAAAGUUUACAAAAAUUACCAAUAACGCUAUUGUAAUAUCUUCAAAUAUGCCGACAGAAUUCUCUACUUCAUAUGUAAAUCAGUCGUUAUAUUCUAAAACUAACGUUCAGAUUACUAAAUGCCAUUUUGACAGAUGUAAAUCAGUAACUGAAGAUUGUGGUGGCGCAAUCAACUGCGUAAAAUCAAAUGUUAACAUUUCAAAUUGUUUAUUUUUUCAAUGUUAUGCCAAAAACUCGGGAGGUGCUAUAUUCCUAUCGCAAUGCACUAAAGUACUUUUAAAUUCAAAUGCAUUCCAGAAAAAUGAAGUUGAAUUUUCAGCUUCCAGUUGCCAUAUUUUCCUUGCUUUUGAUUUAAAAAUCUCGAACUCAAAUUAUACCGAAGAAAGAAGUAAUACUCGUGCGGGAUCCAUUUCCUUACCAUCAUGCGAAGAUAUUUUAUUUUCCGAGUGCAUUUUUUCAAAUAUUACUUCGAAAUAUACCGGAAUCAUAGAAUUAAACUCAGGAUCGACUACAAUGAGCAGUGUUAGCUUCUACAAUUCUAAUUGCGAAGCAGUAAUUUACGCAUCUUACCUUGCAAAGUUGAAAAUUUCGAAAUCAGUUUUUGCAGGGAUUACAUCGCCCGCAAUAUACUGGAAUUCAUUCAGAUACGCAAAUCUAACCGAAAACAAAUUAUGUACAAGCAAUACUACAAGUUUUGAUGGAAAAUUUAAAGAAAAUAUUAUUUACGGGGAAGAUACGACUUUUAACGUUGAAGCUGCAGUUAUCAACCUAGAACUAUACGGAACAGUCGUUCCUCCAACUCCUACAUCGACUCCUUCAGCUACAGCAACACCAACGAGAUCAUUACCACCUGCUACACGCCAGAACCUCGUAAUUAUACUUGAUAAUACUCCAGACCCGACAAAGGAGAGGUUGGUUAUCAUUAUUUCCAAUAAUCCGAAACUUCCUCCAAGAACUCCAUCUCCAUCAAUCAACAAAUUCAAACCACCACCAGCAAAACAGAAGUUAAUCAAUACACAACAGAUUGCUAUGGUUGGUGGCCUGAUUUUAAUUGUAAUUGUUAUUAUAAUUUAUAGAGUUACAAGGAAAGAAAGAAUUCCUGAAGUUAAUGCAUCUGUAUUCAAUAAGCUUGACAAAGGUGGUGUUAAACUACCAAGAGCGGCAAGAAUGAAGAAUGCAGAUGAUUUCUUUGAUUAA